AAAAAAAAAAAAAAAAAACUGAGUGUGGUGUAACAUAUAGUGAAGUGCAAAUAAUUGAGAUAUUAAUUAGAAAGAGAAGGAAAGGACGGCUCUGUAGCUGUAGGUAGGUGAGUGGAGACAGCUGGAGACAGGCUGGAGGCAACAUAAUCUUUGCCUUUGGAUUCUCAUUUCUCAUUUCUCCGCUUCCUUCCCUCCUAGAUCCAUUCUCUCAUCCGUAGGUUGCCAUGUGGUGGAAUCUGUAAUUCGGGUAAUGCCCCUGUCGAGAUUUGCUGCCGGUGCAUUCAGUGUGGUCACAAUUUGUUUAGUAGCCAUAUUGCUUCUUCUGGGCUUCGUGUGCAUUGCAUACUCAUAUUACUUUCGGUCACGCAUCCAUCAUGAUCAGUUCAGCUAUUUUAGUGGUCCCUGGAUCAUCAGAAUCGCGUUCAUACUGAUUGCAAUCUGGUGGGGUCUUGGUGAGAUUAUUCGGUUAAGUCUGCUAAGGCGCGGCCUUCACUUGCAGUGGCAAUGGCAGGAGGAAAGUAUAUGCAAAUGGUACAUUGUAUCAAAUCUGGGGUUUGCAGAACCGUGUCUCUUCCUCACAAUUGUCUUUCUCCUCCGUGCACCCUUACACUUACAGACUGGCGGCAUUAUCAAUACAAAAUGGAAUGUGAAGACGGCCGGAUACAUUCUGCUUUACUGCUUCCCACUUUUUGUUCUUCAACUGUUUGUUAUUUUUGUUGGAGGAGAGUUCAAGUCAUCAUCAUCAUCGUCAUGUACUUACCCUUUACUAAGCACUCUUCUCCUUGGCCUUUUUGCCCUUAUUCUGACCUCGUACCUCUUCUGGCUUGGAAGCCGGAUUUUGAAAUUAGUUAUUAAUAAGGGUUUGCAGAAGAGGGUAUACACAUUGGUACUCUCAGUCUCAGGCUUCCUUCCAUUAAGGGUUGUUUUCCUUGGUUUGUCCGUAUUAUCUGGACCUGAGGAUUUUAUGUUUGAGGCCUUUGCUUUCUUGGCUUUCCUUGCCCUUGCGUCUUGUGCUGGGGUGUGCAUGUGCAUGCUUGUGUACCGUCCACUUGCAGAUUGUUUAGCGCUCGAUAUUAAUGAUACCACGUCUCUUAUAAAAGGAGAUAGGGAUGCCACGUUUCUUCAACUAAGCCUCUUCUCUCCCACUCCAAACCGAUUUCUUUCUUUUCUGGUAAAGUAAAUCACAAAGCCUUUUAUUCUUCUUUUCACACUCCUAAUUCUAGGCAUAACUCUUUUUCUUUGCAAUUUGUAGCCAGUCCUUUCCUGUACCAUCUCCACACUUUUUCUUUUACCGGUUUCUAUUUGAAAUCAUUGAAUACAUUUUGCUUAAUUACACUUUUCUUUUAUUAUUGUCAUUUCUUAACUUUAGUUUCUUCA